AUGGCUGGAAUGAGACUAAAUCCCCCCUCAUCCCCCCCAGCUGACUCGUGGGGCCAGGCGCUGGGCCAGCCCCAGGAGAGGUUUAUUCCACUUCGCAGGAAGAAAGGCGAGAGCUGGGCCCCUGCUGAGGCGUGUGCAGUGCCGUUCCUGCCCCCCAAUGCGAGCAGCCGUGUCCCCACACUGACGCCCCACGACAUCCUCUACGUGGGGCAGAUUCAAAGGAAGCACCAGGCCGGCAAGACUGGGGGGGCUGCGCUGGACUUCACGGGGCAGCUGGGUCGUUUCUUCCUGGAUCACCCUGAGGAGGCCUUCGGCGCCAUGGGGCGGCUUCUUCAGGAGAACUUCUACUUGGGGGAGGCGCGGCUACGGAGCAAAGCGCGGGAAAACACCAUCUCAGUGAAGACCCUGGUCCAGGAGCUUGGCCGGAGGGAGGGCAGGCGUCACUGCCCCCAGUACCAGCCGAGCCCGCGGUUGCGCCGGUUCUCCUGCCUGUCGCAGGACUGGCUGUUCGAGGUGCCCCUGGGCCUGCUGGCCGAAUGCAUCCAUGAGGAGCUGGCGCUGCAGUGUGCGAAGCUGCUGUUCGACGACGCCCCGACUGGGGGGGCGCUGGCUUGGCUCCCCACUGAGGACGUGGCUCCUGCCCCCAGAGGCUGCUUGGUCUACCCAGGAGGGGAGGCCAUGAAUCUCCUCUGUUUCCAGGAGGUGGCUCUGGAGCAGGUGGCUGGUGGCCUGCAGCCCCGCACCCACGGCCGCCUGGCGCAGUUCGAGCUCAGUGGCCGGGUUCGCCAGGUGGCUACCGCGUGGGUAGAUGGGGAAGCCCUCGUCGGCGUUCGCUCGGAUCAUCACUGUGGUGCCUGGCGGCUCCAGACCGACACCGCCCCUGUCCCGCUCCAAGUCAUUCGCACCGACGCGCCCGCCUCCUGCCUCACCGUCAGCCCUCACCUCCCCGGGGAGCUGUCGGUCUGCACCCUCAGCGGGGCCGUGUACCUCUGGAACGUCGAGACUGGGCUGCAGCGACUGCGCCAGGACCCCGAGACGGCGUUCUUCCGAGAGGCAUCGCCAUGGCGCUGGAGUGAGUUCACCUCCCACCCGCGGGUGCUGAGCUGCGCUGACCGCACUGGCCUGCAGUGCCUCGACGUGCGGGCUCCCGCCAGUUGCCAGUUUGAUCUGUUCAAGGUGGGAGGAGAAGCCGAGUGCCAGAGGGGAGAGCGAGUGAUGCUACCCAUGUAUCUGGGCAGGGCCCACCCCUGCCAGCACCUCGUCGCUACGCAGGUGAGUGCCCGGGCAGCUGGGUGGGCGACACUGCAGCCCCUCAGUGCUGGGGGGAGGCGGGGUGGCCAGGCUGACCCUGUGGAGCCCGGGCCAACCUGUGCUGCAGUGGAUGGGGCUCUGCUGCAGUACACGGGUGGCAGCCAUUCAGCCUGCCAGCUCACAGGGCCCCCCCGGCGGCUCCAUCCCAUCUCCCAGGGUCUGCAGCACCUUUCCCCACAGGUGACCCCCUGGCAGGGCCUGCUGCACCAAAGGCUGACUGCGCCCGCAGCUGGUGUGACGGCUGCCCCCGCCAAGCAGGGGCCACUGGAGCCCUUGCUGGUUUUCCAGCUCUCUGAGGCCGGGGACCUGUUCUACCAAACCCUGGUGCACGAGCCACCGGUGGAGAGCGAGUCGUCGGAAGCCCCCACCUCGCCCCCAUCCCUGCCAGUUCCUGCUGCAGCUGGCCAGCCCUCGCCCGCGUGGGGCCCCUCCCUGGGCUUGGGGAGCGAGGAGAGCGGCCGCCUGCCAGGGCCUGUCUCCGAGGGCACCACCGAUGCUGGGCAGGCAGCAGCCCCAGAGGAAGCCGUGCCCAGCGUGGGCCUGGCAGCCGCUGUCCUCCACGGCUGCUGGCUGAAAGCUCUCAUCAGGGACUGGAGCCAGCUGCCGGAGCAGAGCCAGCCCCAGCGCCCCCCCACCAUCGGCCAUCAGCGCCUCUUCACCCAUGGGGAGCUGAGCCAGCCGGCCGCGGACAGCCCCCUCUACCGCCAGGCCCGCCAGCUGCUGCGCCGUACCAUGCGGGAGCGGGCCUGCCUGGCACCCUGGGCCCUGGGGCUGCCCCCCACCCCCCUGGCCGUGCCCCACCCCGUGGAGCCCAGGGCCUGGCCCGACGACCUGAGCAAGCGGCUGACGGCGUCGUGGGCGGGCGGCUGGGGCGAGUGGUGGGAGGAGAAGCUGGGCAUGACCAGGGCCCACAAGCUGCAUGCGCUGAGGGACCGGAGACGACGCCUGAAGCAAGCACGGAGCCGCCGCAGCCUGUUUGGCAGCUUCACCUCCUCUGUCACCUACCAGUCUGACCUCAGUGACUUCUCCGCCUGCAGCCAGCCCCCCAGCGAGCCCCUGGGCCAGGCCUGCGAGGAGCUGCAACCCCCGGCCCCUGUGUGCCGCCAGGACCUUUCCCCACCAAGGGCAGGAAGGGGGCACCGACCCCCAGCCCCUGGGCAAGACUGGCUGGCCUCCCCGCUGGCCAGCAACUCCCAGCGCAGUGGGCAGGAGGCCUGGGGCAGCCAGGACACAGAGGACUCUUCCCAGCUGCUCUCGUCCCAGACCCUGAGCUCGCGGGGCAUCCCCAAGGAGCGCAGGAAAACCCUGCGGGACUACCUGGCCAUCUUCACCCAGCCCUGCCCGGAACCGCCGGCCGAGCUGCCCGCGAGCCAGGUCUCCAGCCUGGGCAGCCAACGCUGGGGCCCCUCCUCCCAGAGCCAGCGCUCCACAGGGUCGCAGCCCCCCCGCAAACGGCCCCGCAUGGGCUUCUGAGACCCCCUGUCUGGAUGGGCGGCGUCUGUGCAGCCAUGGCCUGGCCCCCGGGCCCUGGGGCUGUUGGCCGGUGCAGAUAACGCAAUAAAUGGAAAGGCAGCACCUGGG